UCGAAGAGCGUUCUCCUUAAUGGCGACCUUAUGUUCAAAAGUGUCCCUUUGGUCUUUUCUGUGAAUAGAAAGGCGCUGUUUGUUUCAUCUAGUUUCUUCAGGUGCAAUUUCUGUAGUUUGUUGUUACAACAUUAACGUAAGUAGCUAAUUAAGUUUUUAGUUUUAUUUAGAAAAUAUUUGCAUAUCACCAGUCACCAUGAUUAUCACCGCACAUUUAAUGUUGGCCACGGUUUUGUUCGCCGGACUUGUGCAAUGUAACCGCGUGGAUUUGGACGAGACCGAGGCGAUACCUGUCAAAGUUUCUUUAAAGAAAGGUGGCCUUUGGCGAAGUGAGAACCGGCAUGUUUUCCGAAUUAAUGCAUUUGGGCAAAUUUUCACGCUGUACCUGAGGCCGGACGACAGUUUCAUGGCUCCUGCGCUACGCGUUCAGCGCAUAAAAGCGAAGCAUCUUUCGGCUGUUUUGAAUGACUCUGAGCCUGAGCGCGUACUUGAGGAAAUCCUGCCUGAGCCCAGAGAACACCAGCAGAAGCUCAGGAGCUGUUUCCACACCGGGACGGUAAAUAAGGACGAGGAGUCGCUGGUCUCUGUCAGUCUCUGUCAUGGCAUUCGAGGAACUUUCGUGACGCGCGGACGAGAGUACUUCAUCGAACCAGUCGGCGCGCGCAGUGGAGACGCGAGAAAGAUUUCCUCUCAGCCUCACGUCGUUAAAAGGCGAGUGUUCUCCAGAAAAUCCGGUGACGAGGACAACAGUCACGUGAAGCACGUUACCGAUCAGUCUGACGAAUAUGAACAAAAAGCACCAAAGCGGGAACGGAGGUUCGUGUCAGCAGCCAGGUACAUCGAGACCCUGGUCGUGGCGGACGCCUCCAUGACGCGUUUCUAUGGAGAUGAAAUCAAGCACUACAUAUUAACCAUAAUGGGGAUGGCCGCACAACUUUAUGGCCACCCUAGCAUUAAGAAUGCUGUGACCCUAGUGGUGGUGAAGAUGUUGGUAGUGGAAGAUGAGGAUGUUGGACCCGAGGUGUCCAGAAAUGGUGGAAUGACCCUACGCAAUUUCUGCACCUGGCAACAGCACUUUAACCCAGCAAGUCCACGCCAUCCUGAGCAUUAUGACACUGCCAUUUUGUUUACUAGAGAGGAUAUUUGUGGACAUCAGAAUUGUGACACGCUGGGUGUAGCUGAUGUGGGAACCAUGUGUGACCCCAAAAGAAGCUGUUCAGUCAUUGAGGACAACGGCCUUCAGGCAGUGUUCACUGUGUCACAUGAGCUUGGUCAUGUACUAAGUAUGCCGCAUGAUGACUCCAAAACCUGUGAGAAAUUGUUCGGUGAUAUCGAUGGACACCACCUUAUGGCUCCAUUCUUUGUCCACCUCAACAAGACACUUCCCUGGUCACCAUGCAGUGCUCUUUACAUCACAGAGUUCUUCGACAAUGGGCAUGGUGACUGCUUACUGGAUGUGCCAGAUAAGACCAUUCCCUUAAAAGCUGAGCCUCCAGGCCACAUGUUUGGUGUGGACCGUCAGUGCCAGCAAACGUUUGGGGAGGAGUUUGCCCACUGCCCCAAUGCCCCAGAGGACCAAGCAUGCAUCCAGUUAUGGUGCCGUGAAGAGGGCAAACUUCAGUGCACUACCCGUAAUGGAAGCCUGCCCUGGGCUGAUGGAACACCCUGUGGUGAAGACCAGAGCUGCCAUGAGGGGGUGUGUUUGUCGAGCAUGUUGACAGUGAAGGAAAAUAAGGAGUCAGUCAAUGGUGGCUGGGGUGCUUGGGGUGCUUGGGGUCCAUGUUCUCGUACCUGUGGUGGUGGGGUUGAGUUCUCCCAUCGUGAGUGCACAGAUCCAAUGCCACAGAAUGGUGGAACCUACUGCGUGGGUCAGAGAGUGAAAUACCAGUCCUGCAAUAUUGAGACCUGCUCAGAGAAUCAUGGUAAAAGCUUCAGAGAGGAACAGUGUGAGAAAUACAACAGUGAUCGUUACUUGAACAUGCAUGGCAAAAUAAAGGAGUGGAUCCCAAAGUAUGCUGGUGUUUCCCCCAGGGAUAGGUGCAAACUUUUCUGCAGAGCCAGGAACAGCAAUGAAUUUAAAGUCUUUGAAGCCAAGGUCGUGGAUGGUACAACCUGUGGUCCAGAUACAACGUCUAUCUGUGUCCAGGGACAAUGCAUCAAGGCUGGCUGUGACCAGGUCAUAGGCUCCAAUCUUAGGCUGGACAAAUGUGGUAUCUGUGGUGGAGAUGGUACAAGUUGCAGAAAAAUCAGUGGCACUCUAAACAAAGCUAUCUUUGGCUAUAAUGACAUAGUUACCAUUCCUGCUGGGGCCACCAACAUUGACGUCAAGCAGCGUAGCCAACAUGGUAUUAGGCAUGAUGGCAACUACCUGGCAGUGAAGGCCGAGGAUGAAACCUACAUUCUCAACGGGAAUUUCUCAGUAUCCACGGCUGAACUGGACAUUCCAGUGCGUGGUGCUGUCCUUCGAUACAGUGGUUCGUCCACUACCCUGGAGCGGCUUCUCAGCUUCCAGGUACUCCAGCAAAGCAUAACCAUCCAGCUUCUGUCAACAGCAGGGGACACUUCACCUCCCAGGGUUAAAUACAGCUUCUACCUGCCUCGUGACCUUCCCUUCAGCAAGCCAGACUCAGAGAGGAGCCUUUCGACACAUGCUAUCCUGCCUUUUGGAGGAGCCGAAUGGGUUCUGGGCGAGUGGUCCGAGUGCUCCAAGAGCUGCGGUUCUGGCUGGUCCAGGAGGAGCGUUGAGUGUCAAGACAGAACAGGAACCCCGACUUUCUUGUGCGACAUGGAGCUGCGGCCAACUGACAUCCGACCGUGUGGUGAUCUGCCCUGUCCUGUAUGGCAGAUGGGACAAUGGUCAGCCUGCUCUCGGACUUGCGGGGCUGGUGAGCGACAGCGCAUCGCGAUGUGCAUAGACUACACAGGCAAGACCGUGGAACCAGAGAAGUGCAACCCAGAUAAGCGGCCCGAGGCUGUUUCCACAGAGUGCUUUUACCAGGACUGUUAAAACAGGUUGUUUCCUGCAACAAAGCACAGGGGCAGGUAGUGGCAGAGGUUUAAGAUCCAUAGGGCAGGUACUGGAUGAGAGAGCUUUUAACCCAACACCCUUACUAUUGUGUAUGAGGCUGAUUAUGCUUCAGAUGCAAGCUAGGAAAUGUUAUCAUACAAAAUAGGUACAAAUCAUCUGUUAAGCCUCAUAACAGUGUUAGAUAUGAGGUUUUAUCUACAUGAUUAAUUCUGAUUGUUAUUCAUAGUUUUCUGUUUUACCUUUUAAUCAUCUAACCACUAUAUUAAUAUAUUUUCCUGCCCCACUGAGAUCUACCUCAAAGCGUAAAAAUGUUGUAAUACUAAAGGAAAUGAUUCUGUUUAUAACUUUACUACAAAGGAAUAUUACCUUUGCAAACAAUACUGCUGAACUUUAUUCAGAUAUGACUGGUCAAAUACCUCCAUUUUAAUGCAUUAUAGUCCACAUCAGACAGACAGAUGUUCUGUGAGUCUGUUUAUCUAACUGAAUUUAAAGCUACCUGAGACAUGAACAUACCAGCUUCACAUGCAGGUAUGUAGGUUCAUGUUCCUCUCUUUAGGCUUAAUCCAAAUUCAGCUGCCUUUUAAUAGAUAAAUAUUCAUACAUAUGCUUAAGUGCUAUUUCACAAGUUUAAUUUAUUUGCCAGUUUGUAUUCUAUAACAGUGUGUUUAUUAUUUGUUAAUACGUCUAAUAAUUUAAUGCUGGGUAAUAUGAAAUAUUUCAGAUUUAUGCAUUUCAACACUGGAACUUAGUCUUUAGCCACAUAGGGAUAAACAGACAUUACCUAGGCCAACAUGAGAGCUAUUAAAUAGUGAGGGCAUUCAACGUCUUACUAUCUGCUUUUAACAUUCAUCUGCUUUUUUUUUAUAUUAUCAAGCUGCUUUAUAGUUUGUCACGGUGUCAAGGUGAACUUGCUCAAUCUAGACACUCAACUCCACUUUUGUAUAGGUGACCAUACUGUUUUAAAUAACUGUGGUAAAAUAUGGCCUCAAACUCAUCUAAAUCUACCUUUUACUUUGUGUUUUCUCUAAACAUCCAUUGCCCUCUGGAGAAAAGUACUUUUCAUACUAUAAUGCCUGGAAAUUAGUAGGAAUAAAAAAUCUGAGACUAGCCUUAUAAAAUAGUGCAGUGCAAUCAGAAUGUUGUUAUAACAAAAAAUCCUUUUAGUUUUUUAAGCUGAAAUGAAUUUGAAUUAAAACAAUAGUAAUUACAAUACAUAGACAUGCAAAAAGUAAAUAGACUUCUAUAGUAUGAAUAAAAUGUAUGCAUCAAUAUUUGUAAACAUUCUUGUGCAUGUAAGGUUUAGCUAGUAAUAUAUUAUAAAAUGUUGGCUUAAAGAGGGAAAAUGAAAAUGAAAAGUUUGUUCUCAACAGAUCUUCAACUGAACUACAAUUCUGGUAGUUUUUCGAAACGAGUAUUUAAAGAUUCCUAAUUAUUUUUAUCUGGCAAACCUCAUUGUCAGAUUGACCAACAAUCUAGCCUUUUUGAAAAUUAGAGAUUUCUUUCUCAUUUUCAUUUCUAGGCGAAUUUAAACAAGUCUAAUCUGAAUCCAGUCUGAAGUCAUUUAAACAACUACUACUAUCAGGUACUUCUUGCAUGUCUGUGCAUAUACAUUUGCAUAUCAGUUUAAAUGGACAAGCUGCAUUCCAUGAGUAUAAGUAUGUUUCUCUGUUUGUAUUACUCCGCUAGUCCAUGUUCACUAUAUUAAAUUCCAAUUCUAGCAAUAGUGUGUUACAUUGAAACUGUUACUACAGUUAGUGCAGGUUGUCAGUCUGUCUGUUGCAUGGCAACACUUAUGACUCUAACCAGGUGUCACACCACUCAUGACUCUGUCCAUGUGUGACAUCUUUGGGAACUAUUUUCAUUGCCGGAACAAAAAUAAACAAAAUAUUUGGCCAGAUUGUGAUUGAAAUGUUGGUUAAUCUACUGGUUGGUAGUUGGUUAAACUUGAUUAAAGUCGGUUAAACCUUUUGUUUUUAGACCUGUUGUAUAAAAACAAUAGCACGCUUACAUUUGUGCCAUUCUCCUGAAUAUCAGUAUGACUGUAUUUACCUGCAGCCACAUCACUGCUGCACUUUUAUUUAGUACAACAAUCUUGUCCAUAUGAUAUUGUUUAAAUGUUUGCCUGUCUCUCCUCAGAUAAAGAAAACACAACAAAAAACAAAAACACCCACAUAAAUCCUGAAUUUAAACAUGUUAGUCCAAGGAUUUGCAUUCCUUCUAAAUGAGAUGAUCUGAAAUUGUGUAGAUCUGAAACUAGGGCAUUCUAUCCCUUCAGUGAAGGUCUGUAUAAUGCUAUUGUUAUAGCUUCCUUUUUAAGGUAUUUAUUUUUUUUUCUAACUUAAAACACCCUAGUUGUGUUUUAUUUCUUGUUGCUGAUGUCUGUCCUAUAUAACUGAUAUGAACUGAAUUCAUAAUGUUGUCUACAGUAAACAGUAUGUUGUUUUAUUUGGUGUGAUAACCUGAAUAAAACCUAAUCAAGGUCA